UCAUUGUAUAGAAAAGCACUAUAUAAGACAAUUUACCAUAUAAGACCAUUUACUGUCCCAUUUCCAGAACUACAGGGCUUAUACUGCGUUCCCUGAUUUCUUCCGCACUGCAACAAGAACGUGGUGGGAACAAGAAAUCAAGAAAUUCUACAAUGAUGUCAUGAAGUUUGAUGGCCUCUGGAUUGACAUGAAUGAACCUUCCAGUUUUGUCCACGGCACAGUUGAUGGACCCUGUCUUGGUAAUCCACUUCUAGAGAACCCUCCAUACAUGCCACCCCUGGAGUCCAAAAAUCUUGGCUUAAAUCAUAAGACUUUGUGCAUGAACAGCGAGCAUAUACUCAGUAAUGGAAAGAGAGUCAGGCACUAUGACGUUCAUAACAUCUAUGGCUGGUCCCACACCCAGCCCACCUAUGAUGCGCUGCAAGCCGUCACAGAAAAACGAGGUGUAGUAGUGACCAGGUCCACUUACCCCUCCAGUGGAAAAUGGGCUGGACAUUGGCUAGGAGAUAACACUUCAAGCUGGAACCAGCUAUUGGCAUCCAUUAUAGGCAUGAUGGAGUUCAGUCUGUUUGGCAUCUCUUAUACUGGGGCAGACAUAUGUGGGUUCUUUAAUGCAGCUGAGUAUGAAAUGUGUCUUCGCUGGAUGCAGCUUGGUGCCUUCUAUCCAUACUCACGCAACCACAAUGGCAAGGGUAACCGGAGACAAGAUCCUGUUUCUUGGGAUACCACCUUCGCCGAAGCAUCCCGGGAUGUCCUGAAUAUCCGUUACACCCUCCUGCCCUACCUGUACACACUGAUGUAUGAGGCUCAUGCAAAAGGAAGCACAGUAGUCAGACCACUCUUGCAUGAGUAA